GGAGCACCGCUCCACGCCGCGCUCCGCUCCCCGCCGAACUGCGCCUCUCCGCGCCUCUCUGCACCGCGCUCCGCUCCCCGCCGAACUGCGCUUCUCCUCUCCGCACGGUACCGCAGCGCGCCUCUCCGCUCCGCUCGCCGCCGAACUGCGCCUCUCCGCUCCGCUCCCCGCCGAACUGCGCCUCUCCGCUCCGCUCCGCGCUCCGCUCCGCUCCGAGCGUCUCUCCGGACAGCGGCGCUCCGCGCUGCCCCUCGCCGUGCCGCACCGCCCCGCGGGGCCCGUCCCUCCGCCGCCGCCGCCCGCCGGAGCAGCGGCGCCCGGCACGGCCGAGGCAGCGAGCCCCGCUCCGCCGGCCCCGGCCCCCGCGGCGGGCGCUCCCGCGGGCGGCAGGAUGGCCGCGAAGCCGGCCGAGCUGAUGGGCAUCUGCUCCAGCUACCAGGCGGUGAUGCCGCACUUCGUCUGCGUGGCCGAGGAGUUCCCGCCGCCCGCCCGCCCCGCCAAGACCCCCAAGGGCAAGCUGCGGCGGCCGCGGCAGUCGCGCUUCAAGACGCAGCCGGUGACUUUCGACGAGAUCCAGGAGGUGGAGGAGGAGGGGGUGUCCCCCAUGGAGGAAGAGAAAGCCAAGAAAUCUUUUCUGCAGUCGCUGGAGUGCCUGCGGCGGAGCACCCAGAACCUCUGUCUGCAGCGGGACCGCCUGGGCAGCUGCCGCCUCCGCAACAGCCUCGACUCCAGCGACUCGGACUCGGCCCUCUGAGGGCGGCGGGGCUCGGCGGGACCCGGCCCGGCACGGACUGAGCUGCGGGGAGCCGCGCCGCCGCCGGCACAGGAGAGCCCGGACGGGCAGCCGGGUCGGGAUGUUUUCUAAGAAAGCGCUUGUACCUUCGUUUCUAUUUGAUUGUAUGAAACUCACCAUUUAAAAGACCAAAAAAAAAAAAAAAAAA